UGGUGCAAAUCAUUUAAGGAUCUUAUCCGAUCAACGGCAAAUACACCACAGCAUGUCCACAAAGAUAAAAGAAAUAAGAACAACACUUGGAAAAGUCGGGAUAUGCAUCCAGGAACUAGAAUCAACGAUUGAAGAACGAGAAAGCAUCUUUCAAAUGAAGCUCACCCCGAGCUCAAACGAUACAUUUGAAUUGAUAAGCUUAUUGCAGCGGAUCGUAAAGUAUUUCAAGUACUUGCAGGACGACUUACGCAGCGUGGGCAACAAGGCUGAGGGGUUACAUGCCGAGUUCUCUCUGUAUGUAGUUCAAUAUUGUGAUUUGUAUGACAAGUUGUCCGACGAUACCACUAUAGAUGUACGAGAAUAUAAAUUUGAACCAACAGUGGUAAGCACGCCCACCACCACUAAAACAGUACGAUUCAGAGACGAACAGGAAACCUUCCAGGAAGAUGCUGCCGAACUCAUGGGAACACGUCCGUUCAGACCGUACUCUGACCAAGAAAGUGAUAACGCUAGUUUAGACGACGUGGACAAUCGGCAAUUGUUUGCUCAACACCAGCAAACCCUCAUGAGACAAGACCAGGAUUUGGACGUGCUACAUUCAUCCAUCAAGAAUCAACACUCUAUGGGAUUAACCAUAAACCAAGAACUUGAUGAUCAUAUCAUAUUACUCAACGACUUGGAAGCAGGAGUAGACACGGCCCAAGACAGAAUGACCCGUGCCAGCGCCAGAUUACACAACUUCACUACAAAAGCCCGUGAGAACGGCAGCUUGGUUACGAUUUGUAUCUUGACGGUGAUUUUGAUUUUGUUACUAGUGGUACUUAAUUAAUAUACACGUGCUUUGUAGCUCUAUACUCUAAAAGUUAAACUCGUCAUUCUCUUCUUCUUCGUGACUAAAGAACCAUAUAAACACAACAAUGUCAAUAUAAACAAUCAACCCACCAAUAAUACUCAUAAUCAACGCCCCCACUUCAAUCAAUUUACAGUGGUAAAACAUCAAGGGAAGGGCAACACCACUUACAAUCAAGAACCCAGUGCUUGAUUUGCAGAAUUCUUGCAAGGGCGUGACACUGUUUUCAUUAUCAUUGAAAGUUAAAAAGGUAUCUCUGGAACUUUCGAUUGACAGAGCCAUGAUGUUUGGCAAUGGAGCAAUCAAGAAUAUUAGUAUCACCCAUAAUGGUUUAUAAUUGUUAUAUAACGCACAUGAUAAUAAAAUGAGCAAGAACCCUGAUGCCAAGAAUGCCGAUAGAAAGAUGAUCUUGUUUAAUGAGUUCAUAGUUGCCAGUGUU